AUGGACAAUAUAUAUAAGUUUAAGGCAAGUAGUUCAGUGGGGCAUUUAAAAAGUCUGAAUAAUGAUAAACAAUUCUAUUCAGAAGAGGAAAGUAGCAAGAAGGAGGAAGAGGAAAAGCAAUUGAAGAAAUAAAGCAAGCCUCCUAGUAAGAUGUCUUAAUUCAGUAAAAAUGCCACUGGAUAUUAAACUGAUGAUUCUGACAAAGAGACUCCGAAAAAUAAUAAGGUAGGACCUUCAAGUUAGAAAGUAUCAAAAUUUCGAAAUUUGGUAAAUGCUAAAAAGAUUGAGGGCGACAAUGAUGAUCCGAAUUUUGAUGAUGAUGACGACAAGCCAACAACCAUUUAAUAAUAGAUUCAGCAUGUUUAAUAGCAAAGUGAAGAUUAAUAUGAUGUGGAACAGUAGGCGAGUAAAAUGCAACAAAAAUAUGCUAAGAAUGAGGUUGGGAAGUCUCCAAAAAUGAAACACUCAAAUACUUAAUAGAGUGUUGGAUGCGAUUUCGGAUGUGGAGCAAAUGAAGAAUAAAUAGCAUUAAGAAAGGGGAAGUUGAAGAAUCAUCCCUUUCGACACCUUAUCUAUGGUCCAAGUAUAGGAGAGAAUUCUUUUAAACAAAUUUUUAUAAUUAACUCAAAGAGGUUUGGUUUAUGCAAAGAAAUGCUUAAAAGGGCCUUCAGAGAAAUUCAUAAAAUCAAAAAUGUUGUAAAGGCAAAGACUUUAUUGUUGGAUUUGGAUGAGACUUUAAUUCACAGCUGUUCUUUUAGAGAGAAUCCAUAAGUGACAGUUACAGCUUUUGGAGAAUACGGAGAGGAAGCAAAGAUUCAUUUUAACAUUAGACCAUUUUGCACAUGGUUUUUACAAUAAAUGAAUUAAUUGUAUACAAUUUAUGUAUAUACAGCUUCAUCAUCUGCAUAUGCAAAUGCAAUAGUCAAUUAUUUAGAUCCAAAAAGACAAUGGAUUAUGGGAAUUUUAUCAAGAGGUAAUUGUAUGGAAACAAAGAAUGGGUUUUUUAUUAAAGAUCUAAGAAUUAUUGGGAAUAAACAAUUAAAGGAUAUGGUGAUUGUGGAUAAUCUAGCUCACUCGUUUGGAUUCUAAAUAGAGAACGGAAUCCCGAUAUUGGAAUGGCACAAUGACUAAAAUGAUCAAGAACUUAAAUAUAUGGCAACCUACUUGAUGGAGGCUGCUGAACAAGAAGACAUCAGAUAAUUUAAUAUACAAAGGUUGAAGCUAGAUCAACUUAUCGAAUAUAAUUUAGAUUGA